UGUUAUAAGACGAAGUGGUACUUAAAUGGGCGUUCAGCAACACAGAAAGAAGUAUUGGACAAGUGUACAGAGUAUUGUAUAAUGGUCGACAAUUUGUGCCAAUUUCUUCCACAAGAACGAGUGUCUGCGUUUUCAUCACUCAACCCAGCAGAGUUACUCAAAGAAACAGAAAAAGCAACAGGGACGAGUGACUUAGAGGAGAAUCACAAUAAAAUCAUUGACGCACAACAAACCCUUGGGGAGUUAGUGAAGAAGAGUGGACAGCAACAGAAGACGGUGCAAGAGAUACAAUACAGAGUGCAAGGGUUAGAGAAGAGUGUUGGCGAGAAGAAAGAACAAGAGCGGCGACAGACUCGCUUGAACAACUUGAAAAUGAAAAGGCCUUGGGCGAUAUUUGAGGAAGCGCGAAAGAAGGCGGUUGACAUGAGAGACCAGAAGACUUUUGUUCAAAACAAAUUGAAGAAAUUGGAAGAGGAGAAUCGACCAGUGGAAGAAGAAUACGCCAAGGUGAAAGGAAAAAUUGAUUCGGAAGAGAAGAAGACACUUGACUCCAAUAGAAGCUAUGACAGCAAUGAAAAAGAGUACGGGAGAGUUGUUGGGAGAAAAGAAGAGUUGGACAACAAAAUCUCAUCGAAGAGGAAAGAGAUAGAGCUGACCAAAAAGCGACGAGACGAACGGGUAAAGACCUUGACCGACUUGACUGCACAAGUCGAAGUCUUACAAAAGAAGAUUGAUGAGUUACCUUCAUUGGAUGAACUCAAGGCACAAGCCGACUCGAGUUCAGUGGAACUUAAAAAGGUACGAGAAGAUAUCAUUAGCAUUAGUGAGAAGGACGGACAAGUCGAAGAGGAUAUACGAGAAAACAGUGGGAAAGUACUUCAACUGAAAAAGGAACUUGGGAAAUUGAAUGACAUCAAACAGAACCGAUUGAGAAAAGUGUUUGAUGUCGAUCCUAAUGUGUACCAGGCUUAUACUUGGAUCGAACAGAAUAGAAACAAAUUUGAAGCCGAAGUGUAUGGACCUGUCUCUGUCGAGCUCACGGUAUCCAAAGAUGAGUAUGCAAACUAUGUCGAAAUGGCAGUACCAACAAACGUUUUGAAAGGGUUUGUGGUCACUAACAAAGCCGACCAAGAGAGAAUUAUCUCCACUUUAAUUGAAGAGAAGGGGCUACAAAUUCAAGUGUUCAAACGCGAGGACCUCGACAACGAAGCGACACAAGCAACUCAAAUGAGAGUCGCAACAGAAUGUGGAGUUCUUGGGACGUUGGAUAGUGUUGUCAAUGGUCCCCGACCCGUUCUGAAAGUUGUUGAAGACUUUGCGGCGCUUUCAAAGAAGUUUAUUUGUACGAAGGAGACGGAAAAGAAUAUUGAGAAGAUUGCACCGGGUACUUAUUACACGCCGUCCUCUGUUAUUGUCAAAGUGAAGUCGCGGUAUUCGUCUGCUGUCUCGGACAAAGUCAAUAAUAUUCGAAAGGCAAGAUUUUUAUCAACAGCGAUCGACACGUCACGAAAGGAACAACUUGAGACGCAAAUUGUUGGGUUGGCGACAGCGAUUGAAGAGUCGAAGAAGAAGAGAGAGGGGUUCGCGACAGAAAUGAAACAAGUUGAGAACAAGAAGAGGGAGUUGUCUACUGUUGUUGAGAGUUAUUCGAGAGCGAAAGGAGAGAAGGAGAAAUUAGUGCGAAUGAAAAGCACGAAGCAGAAAGAAAUUAAGUCGCUUGACGCGGAUGAGGACCACGAGGAAAAGAUCGAGCAGCUGCAACACCAAGUUGUCUCGUAUCAAACCGAAGAGAAUGAAAUAGUGUUGAAGGUUGGGGCGUUACUGAUCAAAAUGGCGACUGCUCGGAUGGAAGCGAAUCCAUCGAAUUGUAUCAAUCGAAUAUUGAGAACAAAAUUGAACCAUCUGAAAAUACGGCUCAACGAGAAUAAGAAGAAUCGAAUUGAAGUUGAGGAGGAGAUCAAAAGGAUUGGAGACGCAUAUAUCAAAGCAAAGGACGAAGCGGUUCAGAAGAAAAAAGAAGCCGAGAAAGUCUGUGUGCUCAGCGACGAACUCAAUGAGAUAUUUACACAACUUCCAGACGACUUAAACGAGAUUGAAGAUGAGAUCCAGGCGGAGGAGAGUAAGUUAAAGUUUAGGACUGACAUUGAAGAUAAUGUGGAGCAAAUGUAUGAAGCUGCUAAGGAGGAGUUGAGUAUCAAAAUGGGUGAGAUGCAGUCGAUGACAGACGAAAUAAAGAAGAAAGAAGACGUUAUGAAUGUCAUCAAGAACGAGUGGCUUUCUAAAGUGAAGGAAGUAGUUACGAACAUUGACACGACGUUUAGAGUGUAUAUGAACCAAAUCAACUGCCGAGGGACUGUUGAGUUGGAAGAGAAAGAGGAAUUUGACAAGUACGGUAUUGUCAUUAAAACCCAAUUUCGAAAGGAGGGUUCCCUCCAACAACUCAACGCACAUACACAAAGUGGAGGAGAGAGGUCUGUUGCGACCAUGUUAUAUUUACUGAGUUUGCAAGAACAGACAUUUUGUCCGUUUAGGCUGGUUGAUGAAAUCAACCAAGGGAUGGACCCGUUGAAUGAAAGAAUGAUUUUCUCACAAAUAGUCAAGGCGGUGAACAAGGAGAACGCGCAACAAUACUUCUUGGUCACACCGAAACUGCUCAGCGAUUUACCAUUUGGAGAAAAUAUGACCGUACUCUGUGUCAUGAACGGAGUGAUCGACAACACACCAUACGAUUUUGGGAGAGUCAUCGACGCAUUGAAAGAGUCAAAUGAUUGA